AUGAGACGAAAAGCAUUUCAUAGCGACCAUCUGGUGACUUCAGCAAACGGCCGUGAUGGUUAUCCUAGGUCAGGGGAAGUUGAUUGUUUACUCCGUUUUGCAGUGGUGUUGGGAUCCGUCGAUACUGCUGGCAGGAUUGCUGUUUUUAUGAAAGUGUUUUCACGUAGAAUUAAUAUACCACCUUCAUUUACGUGGACCGUUGCCUAUAACCGCUAA